GACAUAGCCGCCCACCCCAUCCCUCCUCCAGCUGCACCUGCUCCGUCUCCCCCUCCCUCAGCUCCUGCAUUUUGUGUCGGAGGACAAAUAAUCCUCAGAGCCCGAGCUGCCGCCUGAUCCUGAGCACCAGGGAAGAGAGAGCACUGGGACCGGGGAGGAGAGAGCACCGGGACCGGGGAAGAGAGGGGACCGGGGAGGAGAGGGCAACAGGACCGGGGAGGAGAGAGGACCGGGGAGGAGAGAGCCCCAGAACCGGGGAGGAGAGAGCCCCAGAACCGGGGAGGAGAGAGCACCAGAACCGGGGAGGAGAGAGCAUCGGACCGCUGCCUCGGGAGGGAGAACACCAGGAGAAGAGAGCACCGGGGAGGAGACACCGGAGAGCCGCUGCUGACAGGGUGAAGUGCAGUGAGGCUACAGUCAGCACCAGGAGAGGUGCCCACCUUAGGGGGAUCUUCUGGAGAAACAGCAACCCGGAACUCAACAACCAGAAGCAGACUCCUCUUUGGCAGCAUUGAGAAGAAGCUGAACUGUGUGGCGAGACCUGCCGGGGCCCCAAAUAGCAGCGGCAGAUAAACAAUCCCUCUUGGCGUUCAGAGAAGCUACCCCCAUUGUGUGCAGUCGCCCGCCCGCUCCUGUCAGAACAACAUUGUCUCCUGGACACGUCAUCUGGAAUGUGCUCCUCUACAUGACCCACCAGCAAUAUAGACCCCCAGGGAGCACCGGAUCCUGAUCCAAUGGGCCAUUUGGAUGGGUGAUGAAGGACAUCAUCCUUAGGUGAACGAUUUACUCCAAGCAAAGACUUGAGAUUCUUUUACACUGGAUGGACAGCAGGAUAUCUUCUCAAUGAGCAGCCACUGUUGGGCCCCUGCACCCUAACCUUCCAAUCCCUGGACUGGCUCCCAUGAUUUAGGAGGAUGAGAAAGGUACGCCGGCUCGUCCACAUGGUCCUGUUCUGUCCACUCUCCAAAGGAUUGCAGAGUCGCCUUCCGGGCAUCAAGGUGAAAUAUCUUUUCUUGGCAUGGCUUGGUAUCUUCGUGGGCAGCUGGGUGGUUUACAUCCAUUAUUCCUCGUACUCAGAACUGUGCAGAGGGCACGUCUGCCGCAUGAUCAUUUGCGAUCAAUACAAGAAAGGGAUCAUCUCCGGCUCAGCCUGCAAAGACUUAUGUGAUGAGCGCACGCUGGUCUUCCAUCAGUGCCUGUCCUCCUCGCCCACCCACCAGGUCUACAGGGGGCUGUGGAGGGACAGAGAGGUCAUCAUAAAGUGCGGGGUGGAAGAGAACCUCAAAGUGGACAAUAACCCUGAUGCAGCCCCCCGGAGAGAACUCGUCCUGUUUGAUAAACCCACCAGAGGGACGUCCAUGGAUGAGUUCAAGGAGAUGCUGCUAAACUUCCUGAAGGCCAAUUUGGGAGACCAGACAUCGCUGAGCACCCUGGUGACUCGGAUCCUGACCAUGGCGGAUGUCAAUGAGGACGGUAAAGUGUCUUUGGCAGAAGCCAAGUCUAUCUGGGCCUUACUGCAGCUGAACGAGUUCCUCCUCAUUCUGUCCCUACACGAGAAGGAGCACACGUCCCAGCUGCUCGGACACUGCGGCGACCUCUAUGUGACCGAGAAGAUCCCUCACGACUCCCUGUAUGGCACCCAGCUGCCCGGCUUCCUCCAGAACCUCCUCCCCUCCCCCGUGCACCGGCUCGUCCACCAGUGGUUCGCCCCUGCCUGGCCCCGGAGAGCCAAAAUCGCCAUCGGACUCUUGGAGUUUGUGGAGGAGAUUUUCCACGGGACUUAUGGAAGUUUCUUCAUCUGCGAAACCAACUUCAAGAACAUCGGCUACAACGAAAAGUACGACUUCAAGGUUGUGGACCUGAGGAAGGUGGCCACCGAGAUGACCAUCCGAGGCUUCCUGAAGGGGCGCCACUGCGAGCAGAACUCCGACUGCACCUUCGGCAGAGACUGCACUGCCGCCUGCGACAAACUCAUGAAGCAGUGUAAGAACGACGUAAUCCAGCCCAACCUGGCAAAGGCCUGUAGACUGCUGCAGGAAUACCUGCUGUACGGUUCGCCCUCCGACCUGCGGGAGGAGCUGCAGAAACAGCUGCGGACUUGUAUGACCCUCAGCGGCCUCGCCAGUCAGAUGGAGGUCCACCACUCGCUGGUCCUCAACAACCUCAAGACUCUACUGUGGAAAAAGAUCUCCAAUACCAAAUAUUCCUAACUGGGGAUCAGACGCCCACUCAGCGGAGUGUCAGGUGACCCGGCCGGUCCUCGUAGACCUCAAAUCACCAGCGACCACACUGUGACAAUGGGAUACACCGUGCCACCAGUAGAGGGGACCAAUCGCAAUCCCUCAUAUGUGAAUGAUGGUGGAUGUGGUGGUUUACGGAGGAACGCCACCAACAUCCCUCAUAGAUGCCACAAGACGCUGACUAGAUCCACCAUGAUCGUCGUGGUGGUCCGGCGAGAGUAAGUGCGGCUCCCCCUUCAUGUGUCGCUCAAUGUAAAGGAGGAUUCUGUGAAUUUUAUACAAUGGUGCCCCCUGCUGUGAGGACUUGGUCACGUGACCAUAUAGCCAAUCACCGGCCUCAGUUUCCUGUAUUUGAUUGGCCACAUCAUUAUGAAAAUGGCGUACAUGAUGUCAUGGCGGCAGCGGUGCUCGUGUUAGAUGUCAGUAUCCCAUAUACCAGUGGUCUCCAAAUUGUGGACCUCCUGCUGUUGCAAAGCUACAGCUCCCAGCAUGCCCUGACACCCAACGGCUGCCCAGACAUACUGGAAGUUGUAGUUUUGCAACAGCUGGAGGUUCUCUCGCUGUACCAUUUACGGCCAGCUCACUGCCACAUCUGCUUCCUCCAGGCCGCACUCUUGCAGGCUCCUCCCCCUCCAUGGCGCCUGCAGCUGCUGUUAUUCAUCAGCACCGUCACCAGACGACAAUUUACAUGUAAAUUAAAGGCUUUUAUGUGA